UUCAGGGUAGAUGAGUAGUGACGUCCGUUCACCGGACGUUGUUACCGCGCCAUGUUUUCCAACAAAUCCAGAAAUUCAUAAAUUAGGACAAGGUAAACAGCAUGUUCUUGCUCACGAAAUUGGCCAAGGCUCACCAUGUCGCAACUGCAACUGCGAGGGAUUGGAUUUACAUUUCUGGCGGAAAAUCUGCAAAAAUUGCGGGUGCCGGAUGGACGAACACGACGUGCAGUUGCCGAACCAGUACGAUCAUGGACAGAUUAUCAUAGGUCGACUAUUCCAUGGCACCAAAGACAGAUUUGAGCAAAAAAUUAUGGAACCUUUGAAACUUCGCACAAUUAAUGAACAAUCACCAUUAUCUGGUUCACUUUCUGGUUCAUCGCUACCAGAUACCCCGCAAUUUACUCCACCAAGUAAAAGUGGAUCAAUUAUCGAGGACCGAACACUUCCAACAGCUGCCUACAACUUCAAAGUAGAAAGCGGAAAAGAAAAUCACAAGACAACUACCGAGUACAGUUGGGUACCGAUACCAGACAAAUCUCUGGUAGAGCGCUAUAUGCGAGCGCUUCCCGAGGAUGAGCGACCAGUUGUUGGCUCUGUCGGAGAGCAGAAUCGAAAAUCUCGACUACAGUUUCAAUUGCCGCUUUACGACUGUAACGUCGAAGAUGCACGAUUCGCCGACGAUAAGGACAAAGAAGUGUUACGACGAUUUGUGGAGAAUGUCCGCAAACACGUGAUUGGUGUCGGACAAGUGAAAGAAGUCAAACCGAAAGAGAGCGUGAUAUCCGCAGCAUCGCAAACCGAUGGGGAUCUUGAUGAAAUUGCUCGCAAAAUUUCAGACAUUGAUUUACAAAAUCAGUGCAAAUCUUGCACAAAACAAAUUCCAGUUGGCGACGUUGGCAUCAAAACGGAUCAUGGUCCAAAAGAGGAUAUUUGGCAUCCGAAUUGUUUCCGAUGCGCACAAUGCGAUCAAUUGCUGGUGGACAUGCUGUAUUUCUACUACCAAGGAAAGUACUAUUGCGGCAGGCAUUUUGCUGAUCAGCAGUAUCCUCGAUGUGCCGGCUGCGAUGAGCUGAUUUUCGCCAGAGAAUACACAUAUGCCGAGGAGAAGUCAUGGCAUUUUGAUCACUUCGCUUGCUACAAAUGUGACUUUCGUCUCGGUGGCCAUCGUUAUAUGACAAAAAACGACCAACCACACUGCAUCGACUGCUAUAUGAAAUAUUUUGCAAAGAAUUGCGAUACAUGUGGAAAAAAGAUCGGUCCCGAUGAGAAACGCCUCAACUAUCAAGAUUAUCAUUGGCAUGCAACGCAAGAGUGUUUCCAUUGCCGGCAAUGUCAUAAAGACCUGAUCGGUAAGAAGUUUAUCUUCAAGGAUCAUCAUCUUUUCUGCUCGUCUCAGUGCAAAGCCGAUUUCCAGGUAAAGAAACCUUGACACUUGAUUGCCACAACUUUUAUUUCUGCUAAUAAUGCCAAUAUGCUCGCCAUUGUUUGAUCUUGCUUUCAAUGUCCAUAGAUUUCAUUGUUUUUAUUUCUUCCUGCCUCUCGCCAAUAUCUUCUUUCCUGUUGGAUUCGUCGAAUGGUUCUUGUGAUAUCUGCUACACACAUUCUUGUAAGUUUUCUCUUAUGUGCACACUCACUGAUGAGGACUUUGCGGGCUUGUACAGACAAAUUGUGAUGCAAAUCGCUUUAUGUGAUAAUCAUUAAUCAAUAAUCAUAAAC